GCCAGACCAUCUUUGGUUAACCUCUAGAAAGGACCAGAAGACCAUCCCCUGGGAUGACCAGGACCAGAGGGGCCAAUCAGGAGCCAAGUUCUAGAUUCAUUAACCCAGUAAGGUAGAGCGUGGCCUCAAGAUGCCUGUGUGUCCGAUGUCCCUGGAGUCCCUCAAGUCCUCACACUUCUCUCUGGGUCCUGAUCCGCGGCUGCAUGCUGGCACUAUGCAGUGCACAACGCACAAGGACUUCCCGGCCUAUUCCUCUGUCACCCUGUUCCAGCCCCACUCGUCACCACCGCAAGGCCCAAUCUUUCAAAGGGAAGCGCGGUGGGCUUCCCAGAAGCGGGUUUCGGAGAUGCACCGUGCAUUCUCACCACCACCCUCAUUACAAUCUCAGGACAAGCUGCAGGAACGCACGCAAGCCAUGCAGAUGAGCAACCUGCACUUGCACGCGGAUAUGCGUCCUGUCCUCAACCUGUCCAUUGCACAUACUGAUUAUGGCUGGCCAGAACUACCACAGAGCGCCCGCGUGGAUAUCCGGAGCGCACGCCUCCUCUUUGACCGGGAUUCGAUGCCCUCGGGUGACAGAAAGCAGCUGCGCAUACCGCUCACCUCGUACCAGGCACACUACCCGCCCUACGAUGCCAGCAUCCCUCAGCCCUGUGCGCCCUGCAGCCAUCUAGGGGGUCCUAACACCCUGAUGUGGAACUACAAGGGACAGAAAGACACCUCCUACAAGAAGCACUUCCAAGACCUCCCAAGCCCACCAGCCUUGAUGUGUAAGAGGGCCUCGUCCAGUAUAAACCUAGGAGACAGCAAAGUCGGCUAUAGUCCCCUGUGCUCACUUGUGAAGCAGACCUACACACCUCAGGAGCUGUCCCCAUACAGGUACGACAAGGCCCAGGCCGCAGCCCACAUCCACCAGGUGAACCUUGGUCCUGGAGACGGCCUGUUCUAUGGCAGAACCACCAUGAAAGACCAUUUCGAUGCCAAAGAGCCAGAGCCUUUUGAUCUUCACCAUGAUAAGACUCUGGAGUCACACAUCCUGAAAGGAAACUGGUGCCGUGGCCCUGGCAGCCUUGCUACCUCCUCAGAGUUCUUCUACGGUGAGCCACCUCCUGCGACACAGCCUCCAGUCCGACAUGUGUCCCAUGAGAAACUGAAGGAUCACGUGAUCUUGGGAGACCCAAAGCUGUUGGGAAACUUCUUCCAAACCUCCAUGGCCACAGACUACUGCCCCCUGACUACUCCCAUAAAACAAAGAACUCUCAACUUCUCUUUGUUGGAGAGUAACUUCCCUGAGGGCACGGAUGAAUUAGACUUUUUAACCACGAACCAAAAGUUGAUGAAGCCGCAUGGAAUAGUUCGAGCCUCUAUCACUGAAGAUUUGUUACGGAAGUGCAAAUACAGCCACAUAGAGCCCCCACUGGGCAGACAACGCUUCUUCUCUACUCAGUAUCAAGACGAGUAUCCCUUCAAGUACCAGGGCCCAUUGGUACAGAAGCUGAGUAAUGUGAAUGAGAGCCAUUUGCCAAUGGGCACACCCAAGUUCCUUGGCUGCUGGCAUGAGAAAGUAGACCCUCAGGGCCCCCAGAUACCUAUGAACCCUUGCCGGAGCCAACAAUAAAUAUCACUUGAUUGUUAAAUUGACA